GCUGACUCAAAUAAGACUGGAUGCUGAAACUGAAUCAAAAGGUGUAGUUUAAGGGUGCACAUACUUCAAAACAUAGUUUUGCCUCCAACAAAUGUAGCCGUUUGUUAGUUGUGUUGUGCAUGAUUUAUGUCUCAUUAACUGUAGAAACACCCUGAAAAUGAUUGAUCAUCAACACAUUUUUUUUUUAACAUCACAAAAACCUGGCCUUCUGGCAACUUUCUACAUCCAUUCCAAGAUGGUUACCUGCACAGAAAACUCUAUUCAAAAAUACAAAGCACAGUUUAUGUUUUUAUGCUGUCUCACAGCCUGCCCCCUCGACAAGCAGUCUCCGCUUCAGAUCUGCAAUGCUUUUAAUUUGUUUGCAGAUUAGAAAAUAAAUUAGCCUGACAUGUCUGACAUUGUGUGCAGGGUCAGUCGUAUGGACGACCUGACCUCUCAACGGCUUUUCUAUUUCCGGCUACAUGCCAGAAACAUCUGCAGCAGCUCUGGCGGCCGUUAUCUCUGCGUGUGACAAUAGGAAGCGGUCUCCACUCAUUAUCAGUUUGUCCGUUACACUCUUGGCCCAAGUGCCUGGACAAACUGCCAUUUAAGGCUAAAGUCAGAAUGGCUUGCAUCGUAGCCGGCACUAUGCCCCAUAAUGCAGCAGGGCUUUAUUUAACCCCACAGCAAAGACCCCCAGAUGGUUGGUAUGAGGUCAGUAGCUGCUGGUGAACAACUUCUCUGAGGCUGCUCUUUAGCUGUUACUGAGAAGCGGACCUGAGGACAGACUGGUUGCAUCUGGGACAGAAGUGCAUUCUCAUCAGUUCUGCAGGGCUACUGUAAACCUCAGUCAUGGCUUCACUGACAACUUCCAGCCAGAGAUCUUCUUCCUCGUAUCGCUCCUCGUCACGUUAUAGCACUUCCAGCUCCUAUCGAUCAGAUGGAUCACUUAAUGGAUCGUCUGAUUCCCUGGAAGCUCUCUUUGAGCCUUUUAUUGAUUCCACCAAUUGCUCCAGUCUGUUCGGGGAGGAGGGCCCCGGGGGGCCCAGCAGUCCGCCCAACUUCAGCAGACACAGCCGGUCGUCGUAUGGACCUCCAGGUGGCACCGUGGCCAACAGGCAGAGUGGGACAGGAAAUGGGGUGCGAUGUCUCGGUGACUCCUACUCUAUGACAGCUGACCUCAGCCAGUUCGAGCCACAUGAUAUAGUGGUGAUGGCCUACAACUGCCAAGUCGUCAUUCAUGCACAGAAGAUUCUGGAUGAUGGAAGCAUCAGUAACACAUUCACCCAUAAAUCCCUGUUCCCUGAGGACAUGGAUCCCCUGUCAGUGAGUGGGACCCUGAAACCCGACGGGACCCUGCAGGUGACCGUGCGUCGGACCACGGAGCCGAGUGGACCAGAGCCACUGGGAGUCCCUACCUACAGCAGCGAGGCUUACCUAUGAAUAUUACUUAUGAAUGAAUGUCACCUUGUUUUACUCUCCCAGAAAGUUUUUUUUAUCUUAUGUAUCACUGAUUAAAACACAGCAGAACCACAGUUCAGAUAGUGUGCCCAUCCAUCUAGCAUCAAACAUCUGCCAAGGCGACAGAUUGCGAUGUUGAAGCUCCAAAUGAAAUAAACAUGUUUACAGAA